AUGGAAGGUCUUCAUGGUAUUGCACAUGCGACUGCAGCCCACUUCAUAAGGGAAGAAUCGUCAGAAGGUGGCUUCAAGCUGUACCACUACCAUCCUACCGAAAUCGGUGCUAUCAUCUUUGUACUUUUGUUCCUCGCGACAACGGUGGCGCACACCUGGCAGUUAUUUCGCUACCGUGUUUGGUUUGUCCUUCCUCUUAUUAUAGGUGGUAUCCUUGAGAUGAUUGGUUAUGCCGCUCGCUAUGCGUCAGGAAAGGAAACGCCCGACUGGACCCUUACGCCGUAUAUUAUCCAGGCCAUCCUGCUCCUUGUAGCGCCUGCCUUGUUUGCAGCCACUAUCUACAUGGAGCUGGGAAGAGUCAUUAGUCUUAUAGAUGGUGAAGGCCGUGCACUUAUUACUCGGAAAUGGAUGACCAAGAUUUUCGUCGUUGGUGAUGUUCUGUCAUUCUUUCUCCAGGGUGGAGGCGGCGGUUAUCAAUCGUCCGGUUCGUUAUCAGCUCUUCGUUUGGGCGCCAAGAUUAUCAUUGUCGGCCUCUUCGUACAACUUAUCUUCUUUGGUGCCUUCCUUGUUGUUGCCGUCAACUUUCACAUCAAAAUCACCCGCAACCCGACGAGUCGCUCGUGCAUCGGGAUCCCUUGGCAGAAGCACAUGAACCUUAUGUACGCUGCUGGGUUGUUGAUCAUGGUGCGGUCCGUCUUCCGCGCUAUCGAGUACUUACAGGGUGAUGACGGGUAUCUGCUCGCCCGAGAGGCGUACCUAUAUGUCUUCGAUGCUGUGCUGAUGCUCAUCGUCAUGUUGUUAUUCAACGUGGUGCAUCCGGCUGAACUUUUUGUGAGAAGGGGCAGGAUCGAGAAGUUUGCGUCAGACAUUGCGCUCCAAGACCGUGGCUACUGA